AUGGACGUGCAACAAAAAAUAGAAGACAUAGAAACGGCCAGCUUAUUUAGCAGUUUGAGCACGAGCUCAACUGAAGCUCGCUUGAAAGCGAAGGCAAAACGGAUGGCCAUUGAGGCAGAAUUGGCAUCUUUUGAAGUGAAGAAACAUUUGGACGAACAGGAAUUGAAAUUGAAACAACAAAGGGAGAAACUCAAGUUGGACACUGAAAGAGCAAAAUUGUUAGCAGAGGAAACUGCGUAUGCUGAAGCUGAGAUGGAGACCAGUGCCCCAAUUUCAUCUACGAAACUGGACAUUCAGGUAAAUUCCACCAACUUGACUCAAAACCAGAGUAGUCAUGAUGUGAUUCAUCAUUUAGUGAACUCUAUACAAAUUCCUAAAGUUGAAAUAGACAAAUUUGACGGAGAUCCUCUUCAGUAUUGGAAUUUUAUCAAAACUUUUGAAAAUAGCACCACACCCCUUUACAGGGCCAUCCUGAGUAAUUCUGCCAAGGUCUGUCAGCUGCUGAUCCAUGCUGGGGCCAAUGUGAACUUGAGGAUACUGGGGUUUAAUGUGGGUGGGGAAUCACCACUCAUGAAAUGUGUUCAGUUAGACAACAAGGAAAUCUGUGAAGUCUUAAUCAAUUCCCUGUGUAAUCUUAAUGCCAAGACAGACACCAGGUACAACGCUCUUCAUUACGCAGUGGCCUACAGAAGGUAUGACAUUGCCGAACUUCUUCUGACCAACCGUAUACAUAUGCAUACAGCAUCAGUGGAAGGUGUAACACCAAUGACUAUAGCAGUAGAUCAACACAAUGCAGCAAUGUGCCGCAUACUUGUUGAAUUUGGCUAUAAUAUGCAGAAGAAGUACAAAUGGGGUGAGACACCCCUGCAGCAUGCUAUCAAAAUCCACAGCGAGAACUGUGCAAUAACUCUAGUCCACAUGGGUUGCAAACUGAAACGUCCUAAGGAAGAGAACUCAUAUUUCUACUUGGCUGCCUCUGAGGGACUUUUCCAGCUGAUGAAGUUGUUGCUAGAAAUCAAUCCAUACUAUAUAUACGAAAAGUGGAUCUUGGAGCGCAAUCUACCCCUUUCUCUGUACCAGAAGCCAGAACUGUUUGAAUGGUUAUUUGCCAAAUCUAGUCAGCCUGCGUCCCUCUCUGCCCUGUGUCGUUCUGUUAUACGAGUUGCCAUUGGGCCAUAUCCCUCCACUCAGGUCCAAGACCUCCCACUGCCAAAGAAGCUGCAAGAAUACCUGGCCCUCAUUGAGUAUGUCAAUGAGGAGAUGUAUAAGAAAAUUCCUUUAACAAAGAAGGAAUGCCCAUUUGAUUGUCCUAGCUACUGUCCAGUUACUGCCAGGAAGUGUCCGUUUUUGGAUAUUGAGGGCAUAGAUUAUGUGGACUCGGAUGAGGAGGAGGAGGAAAGCUGUGCAGGGCAUGGGGCAAAAGAUGGGCACCUGGAGUCACCCAAAGUGAAAUCAAUUAUUAAUAGUAAAGAGAAGGAUGCUUUGAAAAGGGGAGGGACUCCUCGUAGGGUGUCUUUUAAAACUUGAACAUGGGAGUGACAAAAAAAUGAAUCAAGGGCACUAUGAAAAUAAUACUUUGAAUUUAUUUUAAGGUAUUUCAUCAGUACCAUUUAAGUUAUAACAGUGGCAAAGGGAAAUAGCGAAUUGUGCAAUUUUUGUAAUA